UGAUUAAGCUCGUGUGUCCUCAGCGCUGUCUCGUUACCAUGGUGACGCGUGACAGAAGCGUGGCGUGGCCGUGGAGAGAGAAGCGGCCCACUUCCGUGGAAAACACGAGCCUGUCUGAUCUUUAUUAAACCCAAAAUAACAUCAGGAGGAAGCUUCGUGUGAGACGCACGUCCUGCUGUGUGUUUGUGUUGUUGUAAGUGCUGAUGGCCGACGACAAAAAGCAGCUCUUACCACCAACAAACAAGAAGAAAAAGAGAAAAAGAAAGAAAACCGCUGCUUCCGCCGCUCCCCAAAAAACACAAGAGAAACUGAAGCUUCCUGAGACCUCACAGGCAGCUUCACUUUCGUCAAAAUAUCAACCUGAAGACUCCCCAGACCAACUCCAAGGUAAAAGUAGAAAAGACAGCGAAUGGCCUGGUGGAGGUGGAAUAAGGAACACAGGACAUCCACAGGAUCCACUUCUCCUGCUGACAAUGAGAAACAAAGCCAACAACAGUGGAGAGCUGGCUGCAUGGGAGCAUGUGGAGGAAGAGCUCGGGGCUGAGGCCAGGGAGAGCCUGAGGUGGGAGGGAGUGCUAGCAGACCGUCAUGCUGAGGAAAAGAGGCUGGAGCUGUACAGGGCCAAGAGACGACAGCGUUACAUCGCACACAGAGAAGCUGAAGCCCGGGCUGUCAAACUUUCCUGAAGAGGACAAAGACAUGAAUGGUUGUCUGACCCACACUAUGAGGAGAGAAUCUUCUCUGUUGUUGCCUGUUUCUGGUAGUACGGACACACCUUCAGAUGCUCCGACAUGGAUGGUGCAUUCUGGAAGCACCAACUGUCCACGGGGGAAAACAGGGUGCUGAACUGCCAUACCUGGAAGAAGACGAUGAAAGGAGCACUCAAAUCCUACUGUAGAAACAUCUCAUCUUCCACGUGAAGAGGAACUACUUAUAAAUUCUAGUGUCAGGCUGUUUGCUUAAACCCACCUUGUGUUUUACCCUCCACUUGGCUCCACCAUGUGAGUAGGUCUUCCUCUCCCAGCAGAGGGUGACCAUCCCUCUGUCCUGCAGCAGAGACGAGCAAACCUGCCUCAUGAGCCGAGACACCAGAGACAGCUGGGACAGGGACAGGCUGUCUAGAAAACUGGCCAUGUGGCACAGCACCUCAUAGGGCAGCGAGCUCAAAGAGUCAUCUCCUCUUCGUGUCUUCCUCCUUGUGGAGUCCACUGAGCUCCUGGAGGGCUGGGCAGUGUGACCUACAGAGGUAGUGAUGGUUGGAUGCAGACUGAAGCAGCCCAGAUCCUCACUGAAAGCAAAGUUAAAACUGGAGUCAGAGGUUUGAUUUUUACUCUCAUGCAGGAUCAAACUUCAUAUGAGGGUGGCUGAUUGGACUGGUGAUAAAUAUGAUGCCCAAAGGUACCACUAAGGCAGAGGAGUUCAGGUGUAACAGCCCUAAAUAUUCCACACACAGUGCUGGCAGAAAGCCAUCUGGCUGCAGCA